AUGCCGGCUGCAAGCGCGGGCAAACAUGAUCUAUCCGUCCACAAUGUUGCUGAUGUCGAGGUAGCUUUGGGCAGCGCGUCCGGUGUCGGCGACGAUGAGCUCGCGUCAUCUAGGUUCGGGUACCCGGCGCCCGAGUCAGACGAUCCGACGCGAUCUCUGGCGGAUUCGGCGCGUGCCCUGGCUGCCAGAGCUGAGCUGCCGGCGGAUGCGUUGAGUAGUGCUCGCGAGGACGUGUAUGACAGCAGUAAUAUAACAUCUCCGAACAUCACAGAUGGAGAGUACAUCGACAUAUCACUCGGUUCACCGGAACAGCCAGGCAGGAGUCCUGGCGACAUCGAGGCGGGUCCAUCGGAGCUCGAAUACACCCCCAGCAAUGCAUCGGUAUUGGGGGAGCAUCACAUUAACGAAGACGACCAGCCCGGACCCGCUAGGCCGGGGCGCGGAUAUGACCUGAAGCGCGUGUUGUUCGCAUUUACAUUCUGCUGGCUGAGCACCUUCGUGGGCCAGGUGCUGCGGAUGCCGCUGUCGUCGGCGAAGGUUAACCUGCAGCGCAAUCUGGGUCUAACUACGCUCGACCUAACGCACCUCGACACGGCGUUCUCCGUUUGCCACGUAUUCGGCCAGAUGAGCUCGCCCGCGCUGUCAUCGAAGACGAACAACGUGGCCUUGAUCGCCAUGUACCAGUUUGUCAUGGGCUUUGCGAUGACGCUGCUCUUCGCGCCAAACAGCAUGGGCUGCUUCAUGGUCGUGUACGCGUUCGCAGGCUUCGUCAGCGGGCCCGUGUGGGCGGUGUUGUUCUCACAUCUGUCGGAGUGGUUGCCCAAGGAGUACAGCUUCCCGCUAAUAACGGUGUGGUUCACGGGAUCUGACCUGGGGGCCAUUGCUGGGGCUCUGAUCUGCAUUUACGCCCAUGAGAGCUGGGGCUGGCGCAGUCCAUACGUUGUGAGCGGAUUGUUGAACAUGCUGGUGGCGGUUUUGAUGUUUUGCCUCUACGACAACUCCAAGGAGCCCACGUCUGACGGCCGGAUCGUGGAUCCUCGUGCCAUCGUCCGGAACAACUUCCGCCAACUCGGGCGGUACGCGCGCCGCAUUCGCCGCCGACGCAACUGCGUGGAGUCUUUUAUCGCCACCGAGCAUGAACCACCUGCGCCCGCCCCCGACUCUCGGCGGGAGUUCAUUCUCUCGGGGCUGAGCAACAUACAGCAGGAGGUGAAGGAGACUGCGGCCGGAUCCGUCAGCUUCUCCUCGCUCUCGUUUUUCAUGCGCAGCAGGGCGAGUGGUCUGUAUUCUAAGGUGCACCGCGUCAGCGUGGACUACGUUUCCGCCCUCUUUCGCGUGAGCUACAUCGGCCGCAUUGCGGUCGCGUCCUUCAUUCUGAAGCUGGUGAAGAACUGCUUCAGCUCGUGGGUGAACUUCUAUGUGUCCACCAUGUUCGCCUUUACGGUGGCGCAGGGCAACUACGUCUCGCUGACGUUUAGUGUGGGUAACUGCGUGGGCAACAUGCUCGUUGCCUUCGUGUGCCACGUGUUCUGGAAGGGACGGCCGUUGACUGCGUGCACGUACUUCUGCGGCGCCACCGCCGUCGCGGUGUUGGUGUUCAGUCUGAUGAACUUCAGCUGGCCGCUCCUCUCCUACUUCUUCUGCUUCACAACCGGCGUCGCCACGGCGGCCACCGAGGCUAUACUGAUGGCGCGUGGGAUCAAAUCUCUGUGUGACCGUUCGGAGCUGAACCAGCAGGAGUCGCUCGUUGUCUACGGCUUCCUCCUGGCUAUUUCCACCGUACGGCUGGGCCACCUUGUACGGUAUGUUCGUGAUUGCACUGAUGAUCGCAACGGCACUGUUGCGGAAGCCAUCACGCACAGAAUUAUAGUAUAA